AUGGCAAGUCCGGCACAUUGCUAUUACUGUUUCGAGAGCCUCGCGGCAUCGUACAAGGGUCAGGAGCCUCCGAGCCUUGCCGUUUUAGAAGAGCUCUGGGAGAGACAUGAGCAGUUCAAGAAAGUUGCCGCCCUUCAGGACAGCGAUGAGUCAGUUUCUCUGGGGGAUAUCGAUAGUCAAAGCCAGCAGAUUGUAGACGAAGACGAUGGCGAACUAGAUACGAAAACUCGCCCGCAGGCGCUCAAACUCCCCAGCGUCAGUCGUCUUCAAAGCCAGUCUUCCCCGGAUUCCAGCUCGUCUACCACUCCAUCCAUUGCAUCCAACAACUCGUCGCACUCUCAGCUGUCCAGCUCGACUUCCAUCACUACACCCAGCUCGCAGGCCACGCAGACUGCGCAAAGGGACCGCCAGUAUCCGCUCUUCGUGACAUGGAAUACUGUGUCCAAGAACGGUCACAAAUCGCUUCGUGGAUGUAUCGGUACAUUUGAGGCACGCGAGCUUUCUGAGGGUUUGAAGUCCUAUGCUCUUACUUCGUACGUAUUCACCCAAAUUCAGGACUUCACAGAUACCUGCCACCACUGGGUCCGUCCCUCCAUACUCCAACCGACCGGCUGA